AUGUCCAUGAAUUAUCGUGGUACUCCAACAUGGAUUCCUGUUACUGUUGUUAAGGUCACAGGACCAGUCUCCUACAUUGUUAAGACCACUGAUGGUAUUGAAUUCAGACGACAUGUUGAUCAGUUAAGAUAUCGAUCUCCACAUUGCGAACCACCUGCACCAGAUGAUGUUGAUUUAGAUGAUGAUUGGGUAGUUUACUCACCAUUCCCAAUUACUGUGGAUGAUCAACCAAGGCCUCCUCCACCUCCACCAAAUUUGUCACAGCCUCUCCCAGCAGCCCGUCGUUCGACAAGACCUCGACGACCUGUUGAUCGUGGACCCUAUCUAUCAACUUAA